UAUCAUCAGUCUUCUUCUCCGAGAGGCGGGGAGCUCGAAACCAUGUCGACUUGCAGGUUCCUGCUGAGCAAUGGCGUCAUUUCUCAGUCCUCCGAUGCUCCCACCGUCGCUUCCUUUCUCGAAACCCAUACGGGUGCAUACACGACCACCCGGACUCACAACAAUGGUUCCUGCAUCUUGUUCUGGGGAAGGCAUCUGAACAGGCUGAUCGACUCUGCGAAGAUCCUGUUGCAUUCGAACCCGCGGCUUCUGUUCGGAUCAAGCUGGCCCGCGGAUGCAUCGUCGGCGUCAUCGAUGGCCCUGUCGAUGUGGGAACUGGGCAUUCGGGAUUUGGUUAGUGACUCGACGGGGAAGGUGUUGCCUCGUGCCAUGAGAGAUGGAGAAAUGGGACGGGAAUUGGCCAUCACGGUUUUGCUUAGCGGGGAUUUGGAGAGUUCGAGGAAAUCUGUGCAUGUUGAUCGAAAGAGGGUCGAUCAUGUUCUCGAUGUUCAUGUUCAUGUUAGUGCUUAUGUUCCCCCUGUGUUUGGUGCUGGGCAAAGCGGCGCACGGUUGGCUUUGGUGGGACGAGGGAGGAGUGUCGCUGCCGCAAAGUAUUCGGAUUGGGUAAGGCUCAGGAAGCCUCUGGAGCAGUUGAGGCCUCCUUCUGUGACCGAGCUAUUGCUGUCAGAUGAUGGUGAUCAUAUACUUGAAGGAACUAUAACAAACUUUUUCGUCGUCUGCCGCAAGGACAAUGGUGAAGACAAUGGGAAAGGUAUGCAUCCAGGGACAAAUAUUUAUUCCUCUUUGGAAGUGCAGACAGCUCCUGUAAGUGAUGGCGUCCUUCCUGGUGUUCUAAGGCAAUUAGUGAUCGAAGUAUGCUUGAGCAAGGGAAUUCCAUUUCGAGAAGUGGCACCUUCGUGGUCAAUGCAUGAGCUUUGGGAAGAGGCCUUCAUCACAAAUAGUUUGAGGCUUCUGCAGCAUGUGGACACAAUUCUAGUUCCAAGUGACCGUGCAUCACUAGAAUCAAGGACCUACAAAGAGGUGUCCUGGAAAGAGAAGCAGUUUCAGGAUGGUCCAGGGAUGAUCACGAGAAUGAUCCAGAUGGAGAUCAUGGAGAAAGCAAUGUUGGAAGGGCACUUAUUGGAUUCAUCAUGAGCCUUCCUAAGCCAAGAGAAAAUGCCUCCCAGUGUCCUGCAUCUGUGAGCUCGAGUAAGAUCACGAUCAUUAUUAUGAAAAUUCAGUCGGUUUUUAUUUAAAUGUCCGUAUGUAUGUAUGGUGCUACCGCCAUAUCCCUUGGAAAUAUUACCCAUGUGCUACCAUAGAGAA